UGUCAUCUCUCUUCUCCACUUGUUUCCUUUCCUUCUUACCCUUCCCACCUCUCUCUCUCUCUCUCUCUGGAUUAAUUCCAUCUCCUCCUUCGUCUCAUCCGUUUCCUUUUGUAUGCCGUCCUGGUCCAAGUAUUCUUAAAUUCUUUUCACAAGAAAGGUCCUACGCAAAACCGCUAGAAAACCCCGCUUUCAUCCACCAAAACCACUCUUCGUCCUCUGAAAACUGAUCCCCAUCUGCCGGAAAACCAGAUCUUAUGCUUCUGUCGGUUUACCCAACAACUUCAAAAGGGUUGUUCCUGCUCCUCUUAGACCUCCAAAAGUAGCAACUCAUUAUUGCCAUACCUACCCUCCAUUACUCUUCUUGGUUUUAUCAUAAAUACUUUUACAAAACCACCAUUUUCAUCCUCGCUAGUUGUAACACUUACCCACCUUAUCUUGUAAUCUCAAUUUAUUUUUCCGUUAUGUACUGCAGAUAUAUAUGCAGAGAGAGAGAGAGAGAGAGCGAAAGGGGGAGUUGAACUCGGCCGAGAUCUUCGUAGGCGUUACAGAGCUGGUUUGAAAUUAGAGGUGUCAAAGGCGAAUUCACGCUGAGUCAACCCUUUGCUGCUAUCUUUUCUGAAGUUGGUCAUUCGGCAAGUAACGACAGACUGAAUUAUUAUAAAAAAAAGCAAAAAAGCAGUGGCCUUGUUUGAAAGCCCAAAACCAAAGUCACCUCCCCUCUGGUCUUCUGUGCUACACGUUCCUAUUUCAUUUUUCUUGCUCAGACACUGCCAGAGAAUCUAUUACAUCUACCAAGCCUAAACCAGCCAAGAGCAAUCCACUUGAAAUAUAUGGCUAGGAAGACAAUAGUUUCUAGGGUUCGUGGGUGGUAGAGACUUGCACACUUUCUAGGGUUUUCUGGAUGAUUCAUGAAGUCUGCAUAUACAGCCUUGAUGCUCAUGCAGCAAGUUUCUCUUCAUGGAUGAAGAAGAUGAAUGGUAAAGUUGGUGGAUUUCGCUUUUCUUCCCUGCUAACCCUCUGUCAGUAGAUUCAGAAACUUUAGGACGAAAACGCUAAGGAUCUGCCAAGAUGUUCCAGUCAAACAUGUUUGAUAGUCAUCAGUUACUAGAUAUGGCCCAGAAAUCCCCGGAAACGGAGAUGGAUAUGUUAAGAGAAGAUGAUUUUGAGAGCAAAUCAGGCUCCGGUGCCAUGGAAACUCACUCGGGAGAUGAUCAAGAUCCCAACCAACGCCCUAAGAAGAAGCGCUAUCAUCGUCACACUCAGAACCAAAUCCAGGAGAUGGAAGCUUUCUUUAAGGAGUGCCCUCAUCCAGAUGAUAAGCAAAGGAAAGAUCUGGGGCGAAGAUUAAGCUUAGAGCCAUUGCAAGUAAAAUUUUGGUUCCAAAACAAGAGAACACAAAUGAAGGCUCAACAUGAGCGCCAGGAGAACUCACAACUACGGGCCGAGAACGAAAAGCUUCGCGCCGAGAAUAUAAGGUACAAAGAAGCCCUUAGCAAUGCCGCUUGUCCCAACUGCGGUGGCCCGGCAGCCAUUGGUGAGAUGUCCUUCGACGAGCAGCAUUUGAGGAUCGAAAAUGCUCGUCUUAGAGAAGAGAUAGACAGGAUAUCUGGGAUUGCUGCAAAGUACGUUGGAAAGCCUAUGCUCUCGUAUCCUCCCGAAACGCCGCGAUCGCUUGAUCUCGGCGUCGGGAAUUUCGGAGCACAGGGUGGUUUGAUAAGCGAUCACUUGUACGGAGCUGCCGGCGAUCUUCUUAGGUCAGUGUCAGGUCCCAGUGAGGCGGACAAGCCCAUGAUCAUCGAGCUUGCGGUGGCGGCAAUGGAAGAGCUCAUCAGAAUGGCCCAGGCCGGAGAACCUCUGUGGAUGCCAAGCCUUGAGAGCCCCGGCGAGGUUCUGAGCGAAGAUGAGUACUUGAAAAGCUUCCCUAGAGGAAUAGGGCCCAAACCUUUAGGCUUGAAAUCCGAAGCAUCUCGCGAAUCGGCCGUCGUUAUUAUGAAUCACAUUAACCUUGUUGAGAUUCUGAUGGAUGUGAAUCAAUGGACAACUGUGUUUUCGGGCAUUGUUUCUAGAGCCAUGACCUUGGAGGUCCUUUCAACUGGAGUUGCAGGGAAUUACAACGGAGCUUUGCAAGUGAUGACAGCUGAGUUCCAAGUCCCUUCCCCGCUAGUCCCCACUCGAGAGAACUACUUCGUUAGGUACUGUAAGCAGCAUGCUGAUGGAACUUGGGCAGUGGUGGAUGUUUCCUUGGACAACUUGCGCCCUAGCGCAAUAUCCCGGUGUAGAAGGCGGCCGUCUGGUUGUUUGAUUCAAGAACUACCAAACGGCUACUCGAAGGUUGUAUGGGUCGAACAUGUUGAAGUGGAUGAUCGAGCUGUUCAUAGCAUCUACAGACCUUUAGUUAACUCGGGCCUUGCCUUUGGGGCCAAACGCUGGGUGGCGACGCUGGAUCGACAGUGUGAACGCCUUGCAAGCGCAAUGGCUAAUAACAUACCAGCAGGAGAUGUUGGAGUGAUAACAACUCCAGAAGGGAGGAAGAGUAUGCUGAAGCUGGCGGAGAGAAUGGUAAUGAGCUUUUGCAGUGGAGUCGGCGCAUCCAUGGCUCAUGCAUGGACAACGCUGUCCGGCAGUGGUGCUGAUGACGUGAGGGUGAUGACCAGAAAGAGUAUGGAUGAUCCGGGGAGGCCUCCCGGCAUUGUUCUAAGCGCUGCAACCUCGUUCUGGCUUCCAGUUCCACCAAAAAGAGUCUUCGAUUUUCUUCGUGACGAGAACUCUCGAACUGAGUGGGAUAUCCUCUCAAAUGGAGGCUUAGUUCAAGAAAUGGCACACAUUGCUAAUGGCCGUGACCCUGGCAACUCAGUAUCUCUAUUGCGUGUCAAUAGUGCAAACUCAAGCCAGAGCAACAUGUUGAUACUACAAGAGAGUUGCACCGACUCCACAGUCUCUUAUGUCAUAUAUGCUCCAGUUGAUAUUGUUGCUAUGAAUGUGGUUUUAAGUGGUGGAGACCCAGAUUAUGUCGCCCUCCUGCCAUCUGGUUUUGCAAUACUUCCUGAUGGGCCUGCACACCAUGGAAUAGAACUUCCAGAAGGUGGUUCCAGUGGGUCACUGCUAACUGUUGCAUUUCAGAUCUUAGUUGAUUCAGUUCCAACAGCAAAGCUCUCUCUUGGAUCAGUGGCAACAGUUAAUAGUCUCAUCAAGUGCACAGUUGAAAGAAUCAAAACUGCCGUAGGCGGUGAGACUGUAUGACAAAAAGCUCUUGCAAGGUGAAGGGGAAAUAACCAAAAACAAGGGUUGAGUUUACUUAAGAAGCAAGACAACAAAGAAGUCAAGAACGCACCUUAACGACAUAUCCUUGCCUCGUGGUGUUUGUUUGGGCAGAAAAGCAGCAAGCAAGCAUUUUCCCACCCCUGCAAGGUUAAUAGGUUCGGGUAUUGACUUCAAUUAGCGAUAAAGAGUAAACCAAGAUCCUCGGCAAUUCCCCCGUUCACCUUAAUUUGUUUAUUUAAUAGCUAGGGUUUAGUAAUCAUAUGUAUGUGUUCUUGAAGAGGAUUUUAGCUGUUCUGACUCUGGUAGCUCAGUCUCACAUGUGAACAACUCCUACUAAUUUCUUUCUACAUCUGUAUCAUCUUUUUUCAAUCUAGGCAUCUUUUCUGAACUAUUGCUUGCGGUUUUGGGUGGUCAAACAGGUCAACUAGUUUGAUAUGAUACAUCUCCUUGUGUCACUUUGGUCUAUCCAUGCUCGUGAACCAAAAAGAUAUGAUAAUAGUAACACAAAACUUAUCUUGGAAUAUAUGCCAGGUCUUGGGCUACUUCCUUCUAAGUUACAAAAGUUACCUCAAAGAAGCUGUGAUUGCAAGAUAUGUGGAAUUGAAGUUAGUCCCCUGGCUUAACCAAUCUCAUUCCCUAUCGGAGUUUAUGGCUAUGGACCAUUAUGUAGGAUGAAAUGCAAUUAAGUUUCUGGAAAGAGCUUGUUGGCUUUAGUAGAAUUCGAUCACUGUUUGAACAGAGAUGUAUCACCUU